AUGGUGACUGAAAAUGAUAAACGCCUCAAAAUAUUGUUCACUGCUUUGUUUGGUCCUGGUCAUUUGAAUGCAUGUCUUGGCAUCGGUUUGUUGCUUCAGAAACGAGGUCAUCAAGUUUAUGUUGCUCAUUUUCCUAGACAUCGUCCAACUGUCGAAAAACAUGGAUUCAAGUUUUUUUCCCUGUUGGACUAUGCUGAACCCGAAUUUCCAAUCAUGGAUAUGUUAGACGGCUUUGAAGCUCAAGCGACAUUGGCAUUUGAAAAUGCGCGAAAAUUAACAGUAUUAGAGCAAAUAAGAGAGAAAGCUAAGGAAAAUGAUUUAGUUAAUUUUAUUCGAGCCUCAAGAGGUGAAAAUUAUGUUAUGAUGAAGAUUGUUAAAGAGAUUAAUCCCGAUAUCUGUUUGGCUGAUUACCUCUUCAAUAUGCCUUGGAUGUUUCUUGUCGAUUGUCCAGUUAUCCCUGUCAAGUCUGUCAAUCCACUUGAACUGUAUAAUGGUCCUCCUCCUCUCACAGGAUGUUCAGUUCACGAUUCACCGACGGUUUGGGAAGAGUUUAGGCAAGUGACCCGAAAAGCUGACUUAGAAAUAGAAAGUGAACUUCAAAAGCUGUUUGCUGAUUUUAACGUUGAAUUUGAAUCGUACAACUGUGCACAACAAUUGGGAAUCUACAUUUAUCCUGGUCCAUUAGAUUACCAUGAAUUGAGUCCACCAAAAGAAAACUGGGUUCGUCUUGAUUCAUCUAUUCGCUCACCAGAAACAAUGAACUUUGAAUUACCAGAUAAACUUAAAGAUAAACCAGGAAAGCUUAUCUAUAUCUCAAUGGGAACAUUGGCUUCAGCUGUAACUCAAUUACUAACCAUGAUUUUAAAUCCAUUGGUCAACUCACCUCAUCGUUUCAUCGUUUCAACUGGUGUUAAUGGUGACUCAAUCAAGCUACAUGAUAACAUGUGGGGAGACAAAUUUAUCAAUCAGAUUGCUCUUUUACCCAAAAUUGAUUUAUUCAUAACUCAUGGAGGAAGCAAUUCGUUAAUUGAAGGCUUAACUGUUGGUAAACCAUUGAUAGUCAUUCCUCAAUUUGGUGAUCAACUUGAUAAUGCUCAACGAAUAGUUGAUCUUGGCUUAGGUGUCAGGAUAAACUUGCAUGAAUUCAGUGGUGAGAAAUUACUAAAAGCCAUUGAAGAUGUGCUCAAUAAUAAAGAGAUUCAUUCAAAUGUUGCUCGAGUAAGUGAAGAGCUGAAAAAAUCUGAUUCGAGAGAUAAAGUUAUCUCGCUAAUUGAGCAACUUGCUCGAAACAAAACAUUGUGUUAA